AACAUGAGCCUGCUGUCGGAGGCGCGCUCGGCGCGGGUGUACCGGGACGAGCUGGACGCCCUGCGGGAGAAGGCCAUCCGCGUGGACAAGCUGGAGAGCGAGCUCGGCCGCUUCAGGGAGAGGCUGCACGACAUCGAGUUCUACAAGGCACGAGUGGAGGAGUUAAAGGAAGACAAUCAAGUGUUGCUAGAAACAAAGACAAUGUUGGAAGAUCAAUUAGAGGGGACCCGAGCCCGUUCUGAUAAAUUACAUGAGUUAGAAAAAGAGAAUCUACAAUUAAAAGCUAAAUUACAUGAUAUGGAGAUGGAACGAGAUAUGGACAGAAAGAAGAUUGAGGAACUCAUGGAGGAAAAUAUGACUCUAGAAAUGGCUCAGAAACAAAGUAUGGAUGAAUCAUUGCAUCUUGGCUGGGAACUUGAACAGAUAAAUAGGACUACUGAACUUUCUGAAGUGCCACAGAAAUCACUUGGUCAUGAGGUAAAUGAACUGACAUCAAGCAGAUUACUGAAGCUGGAAAUGGAAAACCAAAGUUUGCUGAAGACAGUGGAAGAGCUACAAAGUGCAGUGGGUUCUGUAGAAGGCAGUAGUUCAAGGAUUCUGAAAAUGGAAAAAGAAAACCAAAGACUUAGCAAGAAGCUUGAAGAGCUAGAGAAUGAAAUUAGCCAAGAGAAACAAAGUCUUCAGAACAGUCAAAACUUGAGUAAAGAUUUGAUGAAAGAAAAAGCACAGCUUGAAAAGACACUUGAAGCACUUCGAGAAAACUCAGAGCGACAAAUUAAGCUAUUAGAACAAGAAAAUGAACAUUUGAAUCAAACUGUAGCUUCCCUAAGACAACGCUCACAAAUCAGUGCUGAAGCAAGAAUGAAAGAAAUUGAAAAAGAAAAUAAAAUCCUUCAUGAGUCUAUUAAAGAGACCAGCAGUAAGUUAAAUAAGAUUGAAUUUGAAAAAAAACAAGUCAGGAAAGAACUGGAACACUAUAAAGAGAGAGGGGAGAGAGCAGAAGAACUUGAGAAUGAGCUGCAUCGUCUGGAGAAGGAAAAUGAAUUACUGCAGAAAAAAAUUACUAACUUAAAAAUUACUUGUGAGAAGAUAGAGGCCUUGGAACAAGAAAACUCAGACCUGGAAACGGAAAACAGAAAACUGAAAAAAACUUUGGAUAGCCUAAAAAAUCUCACUUUUCAAUUAGAAUCCUUAGAAAAGGAGAAUUCACAACUUGAUGAAGAAAAUUUAGAGUUAAGAAGAACAAUUGAAUCCUUGAAGUGUACAAGCAUAAAAGUGGCACAGUUACAAUUAGAAAAUAAGGAACUGGAGAGUGAAAAGGAGCAGCUUAAAAAAAGCCUUGAACUCAUGAAAGCCUCAUUUAAGAAAACUGAACGCUUGGAAGUGAGCUACCAAGGCCUAGACACAGAAAACCAAAGGCUGCAGAAAGCCCUUGAAAACAGCAAUAAGAAGAUUCAGCAAUUAGAAAGUGAAUUACAAGACUUAGAGUCUGAAAACCAGACUCUGCAAAAGAACUUGGAAGAGUUAAAAAUCUCUAGUAAACGCCUGGAGCAGUUGGAAAAGGAGAAUAAGUUGUUAGAACAAGAGACUUCUCAACUGGAAAAAGAUAAGAAACAGCUGGAGAAAGAAAAUAAAAGGCUUCGACAACAAGCAGAGAUUAAAGACAGUACUUUAGAAGAAAACAAUGUAAAAAUUAGCAAUCUGGAGAAGGAAAAUAAAUCUUUAUUUAAAGAAAUAGUUGUAUACAAAGAGUCGUGUGUACGCCUGAAAGAACUAGAAAAAGAAAACAAAGAACUGGUGAAAAGUGCUACCAUUGAUAAGAAAACCCUUGUCACCUUGAGAGAGGACUUGGUGAAUGAAAAAUUGAAGACCCAGCAAAUGAACAAUGAUCUAGAAAAACUUGCCCACGAGCUUGAAAAAAUAGGCUUGAACAAGGAGCGUCUCCUGCACGAUGAGCAGAGCAGUGAUGACAGGUGA